GGGAGGCAGCAGUUGAAUGUAAACCUUCACACUGAUGGAGAGAAGCGGCCAACAUCAGGAGUUGAGUGGAGUCAGUGAGCGCUGUACUUUUCCAGUAUGUGCAGGUUUUUUUGUUUUUCCUCCGGCGCGGAUUAUUACUCCGGGAAACCUCGGCCUCUAAUGGGGAGCAGCUGCAUUAACUAGUGAACAGACUUCCAUUAACUGUUUUUCUUUGCCGCCAGCUAGGUCACUGAGUGCGCACACACUGUGGGUUUAUCCGCAGGAAGAGGGGAGGUAGGCUCCCUGUUUAGUGGCACUUUUUUUCUCCUCUUCUAAUAGAGAAACCGGAUCACGUGAACAGGUGGCGUUAUCUUUCGCUUAAAAGCCCCGAGGAAGUCAGAGAGGAGAGAAGAGGGAGUCACAAAGGUGCUGCAGGCAACAGCAUGGGCAACUCCUCCAGGAAGGGAGGGGGAGAAGAAGAGGAGGAAGAGGGGGGGAAGGAUGGCGAAGAGGCAGAAUUUUCCGAGAAGGAGAAGGAAGUAGUGCAGGAAGUAGAGGAGGAACUUCCGCUUGGAGUGGAGGAGUUGCUGGAGAGUGGGGACCCCGUGUUGGACUUGAGCUACCGUAAAUUUAAGCGUUUGCCUUCACGUGUUUGUGAUCUGAUGCAUCUGGAGAAGCUUUAUGUUUGUGGAAACAGCCUGCGCACCCUGCCCGACAGCAUCUCCCAGCUGCAGGGUCUGCGGAUACUUGCCCUCGACUUCAACAAAAUAGAAGAUGUUCCUCUGGCCGUCUGCGACCUCACUAACCUCACCCGCCUCUAUCUGGGCAGCAACCGCCUAAUGAGCUUUCCACCUGAGCUGAGCAACCUGCAGAAUCUGCGGUGCUUGUGGAUGGAGAGCAACUACUUCCAGAGAUUCCCACGGGUGCUCUAUGACUUACCCAACCUCAAGUCCCUCCAGAUGGGGGACAACCGCCUGAAGACUCUGCCUCCUGACUUGUGGCGCAUGGAGGCUCUGAGGGGAUUGUGGCUCUACGGAAACCGCUUUGACACCUUCCCAAAAGUCCUGCUUCGAAUGAAGUCCUUGGAGAUCUUAGACCUGGACCGCAACAAGAUAUCAGAAAUUCCCAGCCUGAAGCGUCUCAGAGCCCUGCGCCUUUUCUCCUAUGACCACAACCCAGUCGAGGAACCUCCUAUAGUGGGUGAAGACGUCUUCUUGGUUGGGGAGGGAGCUGCAGAGUUUUUGGAGGUGCGUGAGGCCAGGAAGGAGAGACGACGAAAGGCCGCAGAGAAAGAGGCAGAAGAGCUGGCACUGGCAGGAGAGGAGCCGGUGAUUCAUGGCAUCCUCAAGAACAGCAGCUCAAAGCAAGCGCCAAAUGAAGCUGCAGUGACCAUAGAGGACACAGAUGUUAAAGAGGAAGAGCCUCUGGUGAAGGAGGAAGAAGUGGAGGACGAAGUGGAGGAAGAGGAAGGAGGGUAUGUGGAGCCUCCGGUAAACGAGUAUGGCGGGACUGAGCUCGAAUAUGACGAAGAGGCGGUCGAAUAUGAGACAGAGGAGCUGAUAUGUGAGGGAGAAGGGUUUGAGUUUGAGGGAGAGGAGCUGGAGUAUGAGAGGGCUGAGAUGGACUAUGAGGAUGUGGAGGAGCUGGAUGACACAGGGAGACAAGAUGAAGGGGCGUGAAAGGCCCCUCCAAGAUCCAGAUGAUCUGCAGGACAAGCUGGACAUGAAUGACAGGAAAUCCUGCAGAUACAGUUGAUGUUUUGGGACUUUUUUUGUAUAGCUGUGCUGCUAAUUUAAAAUCUGUUGUUCACUGUGAAUAUAAAUGAGCCGGGCAUUAUGUGUCUAAAAAUUAACAACAUCUCACUCAUCUCCAUAUGAUCAGAUCAGAGCUGGACUCAGGUAAAGAGAGUGUGUGUGUGUGUGUACAGUGUGUGUAGUUGUUUUACAAUAAAACUGUACUUGCAGUGUGCAUAGGAGACCAAGUUUCCCAUUA